AUGACGAUACAAAUUCUAUUAUUAUUAUUUUCAAAUAUUUUAAUUCCACUUGUGAGAUCAGAUUAUUGUGGAGAUCACAAAGUUCCAUUUGGACUUGAGUUGCAUAAAAAUGGAAAAAUGAAUUUGUUAUGUGCUCGACCGAAUUGUCACGAGAAAAAGUAUGCGGAAUGUCCGGAAAGAGCAGAUUCGGAUAGAUGUUUGACAAACUCGUCGUGGGUUGGAGGAUUGACACAAAAUUCGGAUGGAAGGUGAGAUUUUUGAGGGGAAGGGGGUUGAAGGGGAAUACAAACAUAGGACUUUUUCAACCCAACAAUGUUGGAUCAAAAAUUUCAAAUUUUCUCAGGUAUAACAAGUUCUCUGGAGCUCUAUAACUCAGUUUAUAUUUAUUUAUAUUGGCGCACUUGUUUUAGAUGAAAAUUACUGAUCAACAUCCAAGUUUUCAUCGAAUCUUCAAAAGAUAGGCCCGAAAUAAACUUCAUUUUUUAGAAUUUAGAAUUUUUUUAUUCAAGAAAAUGAUAAUUAUCUCUGUUUCAGUUCAUUGUUAAUUUCUGAAAAAUCACAAAAUUUCAAUUUUGAAAUCUAAAUCCAAGUUUGAAGUCUUAAAUGGAAUUCUGUAUUAGUCUUUCUCGAAAAUCGAAAGAACAUUUUCUGAAAUAAUUGAAAAAUCCCCAAAUGUUCCAUACAUGAACAAUUUUUUUUGCAGACUCAAACUGCAAUGCUGUGAAUAUGAUCUUCUUCCAAAAUAUGCAACAGUUCAAUUUGAAAAUGUAAGUUAUCUGGAUUUUUUUCAGAAAUUUGAAAUUUUUUGCAUCUAUCUUCAGCUUGAGCCUCAAAAAACAUCUCAUCACUAAUUUAAAAUUUUGCAGUUAACAAUUCGACCUGGUGAAUAUUUCGAAGGCGAAGAGAACACGGAUAAUGAUCAACAAGUAACAUCAUUUGAUUUGAUUGGAGAUAUCAAACAACUUCAAGAUCCCGAAGGAAAAACCUAUUACAGUCUUUUGAUUUAUCGAUAUCAUUGUGGAAAUAUUCCAGACACUCCACCACUUUGGUAUAAAACAAAGCAAUGGCCAUAUUUUCAAAAAGACGUCUAA